AUGGAGUUUACCCAGUGCUCCUACCUCGGUCAACACAGCGCGGACGGCCGCCGCUUCGACGGCCUCGGUCGUUACACCUUCGCGAACGGCGACGUGUACCUCGGCGGCAUGAAGGAUGGGCAGUUUCACGGUCAUGGCGUCGUCUUCUUCAGGAGUCCACCGGGGGGUAAUGAUGGCAGCAGCGGUGGCUCACCCAUGUGCACGAAUCCUGCGUCACCUCGUCCUCUUCCGCCCACCAGGGGCAGCAGAGGCAGCAGCGAUGAUGUUGAGGAUGAUGCGUUGCAGGGUUUUCUGAGCCCAGGUUUAUCCUCUACCAUGCCCGCUGCGCGUGCGGGCGAGAGCCCGAUGGCGAUGCAGGACUUCGCGGCCCUUGUAGGCAGCGGCGGUGGCGGCGGCGGCCAGUACCGAGGGGUGUGGGAGCAUGGCCGGCAUAUGGAAGGUCACUACGUAUUCCAGGAUGGGCUCGUGUACGGUAGCAGUGGCACUGCGGAUAUGUCAGCCUACGCGCAGAAGAAGCGUCGCACGUUGUGGACUUACUGCCACGGCAGCGACCGCCGCCUGUGGGAGGAGUACCUGCAGAACGUGGCGCCGGUGCUGCCGCAUGAAGCGCUCCUGGGCGGGGCUCGGUUGCUGCACGCUCGCAAGCAGGCCAUGCGAGAGGAGGGCGAGAGCCACAGCGAGGGUCCCACCGAGAGCUCGGAUACCACAGGGGAGGGCUUACCCAUGGUGCUGCCGCGUGCCUUCGUGCAUGCGCGUACGGCGCCGGCGUUUGCAAAGGGGCAACUCACGAGCGUUGGUGACCCUCGAGUCGCACGCUGGGUUGAGGCCGCCGCGGCCGCCGAGGAAAGGGAGGCUGCCUCCCGCCGGGAGCUACAGCAGCAGCAAACUGCAUCAUCACCUGCCCGCUCCAGCCGCCGUCCCACUGACGUUGGAAGUGACAGAGGCGUUGGCGCAGACUCGGAAGCGUCGACUGAGCUAGUCGAGUCGACUAUUGCCCUCCAGUUUGCGAUGGCCAUACCCACCGAGGGGCUGCGUGCGGACGGCCGCCUCGACGACGCGGAGGUUGAUGAGGGCGACGCCAGGGAUGAGGUUGCAGAGGAGGACGAGGCUACCGUAGCGGCGUUGGUGGCAGCACCCGUCGCGCCACAGCCGGCGUUAAACCUGACAGUGUGCCGGGUUUUGGAUGUAGAGGACGUGAACAGAGCGCUUGUGCAGAUUGCGGCGGCACCGUGA